UUUCAGGUGACAUUCUAUGAGAUCAUGGAAAAAGAAAAUGCAACAUUGGUGACAACAUUUAUUCUCACAGGACUCACACACCAACCAAAGUGGAAAAUCCCCCUUUUCCUGGUGUUGUUUGUUUUAUACAUCAUAACCAUUGUGGGGAACCUUGGUUUGAUUGGUCUCAUAUGGAAGGACCCUCACCUUCACAUCCCCAUGUACUUAUUUCUUGGGAAUUUAGCCUUUGUUGAUGCGUGGUUAUCAUCAACAGUGACACCAAAAAUGCUUGUUAACUUGUUACUGGGAAACAAGGUGAUAUCUUUGAGUGAAUGCAUGAUACAAUUUUUUUUCUUUGUAAUCAGUGUAACUACAGAAUGUUUUCUCUUAGCAACAAUGGCUUAUGAUCGCUAUAUAGCCAUAUGUAAACCUUUGUUUUAUCCAGUGAUCAUGACCAAUAGACUAUGCAUCCGGCUAUUAGUUUUGUCAUUUGUAGGUGGCAUUCUUCAUUCCACAAUUCAUGAAAGUUUUCUAUUGAGGCUAACUUUCUGUAACUCCAAUAUAAUACAUCACUUUUACUGUGAUGUUAUGCCAUUGUUAAAGAUUUCUUGUACUGAUCCUUCUAUUAAUUAUCUAGUAAUUUUUAUUUUCUCUGGUUCAAUACAAGUAUUUACCAUUGGGACAGUUCUUGCCUCUUACACAUUUGUUCUCUUUACAAUCUUAAAGAAGAAGUCUGUCAAAGGCAUAAGGAAAGCCUUUUCCACUUGUGGAGCCCAUCUCUUAUCUGUGUCUUUAUACUUUGGUUCCCUUCUCUUCAUGUAUCUGCUUCGUGCAUCUCCACAAGCAGAUGAUCAAGAUAUGAUGGAUUCUCUAUUUUAUACUGUCAUAAUUCCUGUGUUGAAUCCCAUCAUAUACAGUCUGAGAAAUAAGCAAGUCAUAGAUUCUCUGAAAAAAAUGCUAAAGGGAAAUGUUUAG